GUGAACCCUGUUCCGGUUUUGUUUCCCCUCUGGCCCCGCAGCCGUCAAAACCAGUAUAUCGUUCAGCGCAAGAGAAAAACUGAUAUUGUGCUUAAAUUUGCUGGUUCAAAUACAUUUUUCCCCUUCCGACAAGGGCAUCAGUGAAUUAGUCCUCUUCCAUCGUCCACGAUGUCCGUCGACAAGGAAGAACUGGUGCAACGUGCCAAAUUGGCCGAACAAGCUGAGCGAUAUGACGACAUGGCGGCCGCGAUGAAGGAAGUGACGGAAACCGGCGUCGAACUUAGCAACGAGGAGAGGAACCUCCUUUCAGUUGCUUAUAAGAAUGUCGUAGGUGCCCGACGGUCAUCAUGGCGUGUCAUUUCCUCAAUUGAACAGAAAACCGAGGGUUCAGAAAGAAAACAGCAAAUGGCAAAAGAAUAUAGGGUUAAAGUAGAAAAGGAGCUCAGAGAAAUCUGCUACGACGUUUUGGGCUUACUUGACAAACACCUAAUUCCUAAAGCUAGUAAUCCAGAAAGUAAAGUGUUUUACCUCAAAAUGAAAGGAGAUUACUACAGGUACCUUGCAGAAGUGGCCACAGGAGAAACCAGACAUUCUGUUGUAGAGGAUUCACAGAAAGCAUACCAAGAUGCUUUUGAAAUCAGCAAGGCGAAAAUGCAGCCCACACACCCCAUAAGGCUGGGUCUGGCGUUAAAUUUCUCAGUCUUUUAUUAUGAGAUAUUAAAUUCGCCAGACAAGGCGUGUCAACUCGCCAAACAGGCUUUCGACGAUGCCAUCGCCGAACUGGACACAUUGAACGAAGAUUCGUACAAAGAUUCUACGUUAAUAAUGCAGUUGCUGCGAGAUAACUUGACGCUUUGGACGUCAGACACUCAAGGCGAUGGCGACGAGCCUGCCGAGGGCGGCGACAACUAAUAUCUCGCCGCACUCACCCCAGCACACGCAUUUGUUCUCAUCGGUGUUUAUAAGAAAACGAGUAACAUUCGAGAACGUCGUCUGGCGCGGUAUCAUCACCGAAGCCGACGCGAGCCGUCGCUUGUAAAAAUGUUAAAAGUCGUUCGCAGCGGACCUUCCCGUUCCGUCUAAAAUUAAAUGUUGUGUCAUCUUUGACGGUUUUGUAUUUCUGUAUUUACACUGGAUUGCAGAUAUCGAGCUGACCUGAUGAAUAUAAAUAUUUAUAACUUAAGUUAUUAAAAUUACGGUUUCUUAAGUUAAAAGUGUUUUCCUUUUAUUGAUAGAUUUACAAACAAGCAGCCUGGUCGGCCAAGUAACAUUCCUAUCGCCGCAUGACCGCAGUGAAGGAGAUUAUGGUUUAUUCCGAUUUGACUCAUAUUCAUUUUCCAAUGACACAUUUCAUAAUGUUUUAAAUGGCUGUACCAAAACAUGGCACAAAAAAUUUGUUAGUGUCUCGUUCUUGUAAUUUUCUCAAAUUGUAGUACCAAAGUUAUCUGACAUUAACUAUUUUGUUGUGCCUGAAGGUAAUUUGUACUAUAUAAUAUAUAUAGCAUUUUCUUGAUAUUCAGGCAUUUAUUAGAAAAAUAGUUUUGUGAUGGCCAAUAUUGUAACAUUUCUGCUGCAUUUUAUCAACCAUUAAAUUAAUCUUAUCAUAUUUUUCAUGUUUUCACCAAUAAACUUUUGUAUUAAA